AUGCGUAUCCAUCAGAUGGCAAACGUCUCCAAGGCACUAUCUUUUUUGGAAAAGAAGACAGAUGAGCCGCUUGGAAGAAUUGGAAAUGAAGAUAUUGUCGACGGAAAUGUCAAGCUUACACUCGGUCUCAUUUGGAUCAUUAUUUAUCGGUUCCAGAUCCAGACUAUCGCCAACAACAUGACUGAACUGAAGGGUCCUUCACAGCAUCAGGUCGAUGCUAAACAGGCACUACUACGAUGGGUGCGUUACCAGCUUGAGGAUUACUCAGACAUUAUCCAGCCCAUUCAAGAUUUUCACAGAUCAUGGAGGACAGGAGUGGCUUUUGCAGCAUUGAUUCAUCGGCAUGAUCCGGAGUACAUU